ACAAUCCUCUUUUCUGCCAUAUGGUGUAUAUGGAAAUAGUUCUAAAUGAAAAGGGGAAAAAAUGCAUGAGAUCUUGAAAAAUAAGCCAUUGUGGUAUAAUAGGGAACUGGAAAUAGAGAAGCCUGGUACCUUGUCUCCAAGCCCUGCUGCUGACUUCCUGUGUCACCAUGGGGAUAAGUGCUUUUAUCUCUUGACAUCUGAAAUACAGGAGAUUUCCAUUCAGAAUAUUGGGAGAAUAGUAGCAGCUUGCACUUAUUUAGUGCUAAAAGGUUUGCAGAGUGCCUUUCAUCCACAGUCUCAUUUGAGGUUUGAAGUGUUUUUAAUCCAAUAUUUUGGUUAAUCAGCUGCCAUUUGAGGGGACCUACUUUGUGCUCAUCUCUGGGCUGUGAUGUUAACACGACACAGAAUAACUGAUAAAGUCUCCUUGAGGUGAGUUUACCAUCUAGUGGAGCAGAUGAGAUUAACACGAAAUUAGUUGACAGCAUUAAUUGUGUUGUCCAGACCAUAAUGAUGAGAACUAGAGAAGGGUCAAGUCAGUGUGGGGUGGAGUCAGCAUGCCUCAGCCAAGGUUGCUUACCCAGGCCUUAGAGGAAGGCGGUAACAUGAAAGGGAAGGGAAGGGAGGGAAUUCCAGAUGAUUAUUUUUUACAAAUAGAAAUGUAUAUAUAAUCAUAUGCAUUGUCAAAUUAAAAUACAGUUAAAACACACAAUGCUAGCUAUGACAAUCUUUUUUGCAUUUAGAAAGUACUUCAGGUUCUUGGACUGUAAAGGUUUAUGAACAAAGUAUUGUACAGUACUUUGGGGAAAAGAAACUCGUUUUUUGAGCAUUCCAAUGACUUGGGAAUGAAGAGGGAAUUAAGUGAGUUCUCACUUAAUUGAAAGACAUGAUUUAAAAAAUGUUUUAUUGAUGCAGUCUGUUCUACCUGCUAUUUCCUAAUUGCCUUCCCUGAAUAGAAGCCUCCUCUAUAACAGGUGUUACUCCCAGAUAACCAAGUGAAUAAUGAUCAAGCAUCACAGUACAUAUUCAAAAGCAAAAUGGCAGAUUACUUCUGUUACCCUCAGUUGAUUCAGCCUUAGCAAACGAUGGAGACUCAUGCUAAGGAGCUGGGUCUUUGCUGAGAUUUCUUAACCUUAAGUCUUCGGGACCAGAGGCACAGUGGAAGACCCCAGCAAACUUUUCCCUUCAAAUUCAAUGUUGGAUCUCAUGAAAGCUGGUGGUUAGGGAGUCGCUAUUUGGGGAUCUGGUAUGACUGUAGAGGAGAGGCUUGGGGCCCUCCUGAUUCCUUCUUGGACAGAUCCUACAUGGGCUGAGGACCUCAGCUUGGUCCCUAAGUCAAGAUUAGAGUAUGAAAUCUGGGCCUUGUGAUUAUGACAUAAAGAGGCACCAUCUUUGAAAGGGGAACCAGCUCACUAGUGAGUUCCUAUGGAGACAGCCUUUCUCCUCCCUCGGACAGCAUUCUGCUAAUUAAAGCCUUGGUUGCAGGCAGCUGGUUCAUGCAAAAGACCACCAGGCCAAGAGGCAGGAAGACCUGAGUUCAAGUGUGACCUCAGACACUAGCUCUGUGACCCUGGGCAAGUCACUUAAGCCUGUUUGCCUCAGUUUCCUCACCUGUAACAUAGGGAUAACAGCCACACCUGCCUCUCCGGGUUGUGGUGAAAAUCCAAUGAAAUAGUAUUAUGGAGUGCCUGGCCUUUAAUGGGUGAUACAUAAAUGCUCAUUCCCUUCCUUCCCCUCCUCCUCUACCUUACUGACACCUACCAACAAUCCCUGCUAUUGUAUAAAAGGCAGUUUCCUGUGCCCCACCCAGCCAUCCACCCUUUUUCUCUGUCUUCACUCCUUCCAUUUAUGGGCAACAGCCAAAUCUAGCUGCUCAUUAAUGCUUCCAGACCUCCAACACCAUUCUUUGCUAGCGGUCUUCCCCACUUCUGAGCCAGGGGAAAGGGUCCUGAAAAUCCUCCAGCAGAGCAGCCUGCCUUCUUUAUCAUAUGCCAGGCACUGCUUGGUACUGAUGAGCAUCGGGGGUUGAGGGGUGAAGCCACAGGACUGGAGAUCCCAGAAUUUAGAACCCACAAGUCCAAGUUCCCUGAUUUCACAGCUGAGGAAAGGUUUGCCCCGAGCAGAAAAGUGACAAGCCCCCGAGGUCAUUUGCUGGAAAGUAGCAGAAACCUCCUUAGGUGGUGGUGGAGAGAGCGCCAAGCCUGGAGUUAGAAAGACUCAUCUUCCCUGUUCAUAUCUAACCUCAGACACGAACUAGCUGUGUGACCCUGGACAAGUCACUUUACCCUGCUUGCCUCAGUUUGCUCAUUUGUAAAAUGAGCCGGAGAAGGGAAUGGCCAACCCCUCCGGUGUCUCUGCCGAGAAAACCCCAAAUGGGACACGAGGGAACAACAAAGCACAAACGAGAUUCCGUCCCCGGUGACCCUGGUCUAGAUGGAGGGCUCUUGGGCCACUCCGCCCCAAGUUUCUGUUCUCUCAGCCGCCCCGGCAGGCUCCCCAUCCUCUCCGGAUGACAGACGGCCCGGCACAUGUCCCCAGACUGUGAAAGGUGGAGGCCAAGAGCGCGUGAAUGGGGCGCGUGAAUGGGGCCGCGAAGGAGGAAGCUGUGGGGGCGGCAGGGUCCCCCACACACGAUGGAACCUUGUCGGCCCCCCACCUUUUCUUUCCAGCACAGGAAGCCGCAGAAAACCAGGUCAGUGAGGUCCCCGGGCCCCUCCCCUCGUCCGGGCGCUCCGCCGCCAAUUUUGGAACUGCCGGAGUCGGCUGUGGCGAUACGGGGCCGUGAGGUGCCGGCGUCCCUCGGACCCAGAACCCCGACCAGAAAGAGGGACGGAGCUCAACGGGAGGAAGAACAGGCGCUCUGGGGGGGGCACCGAGAGGCGGGACCACGAGGGGCCCCUAGAAUUGGAGUGGAGGGCGCAGGGCUGUGCCCGGGAGUGCAGACGGCUCUCCUCCAAGACGCAGGGUAGGCUGUCCUUGGAUCCUUCGGGAGCCGGCGGCGGCGGCGGCGGCGGCAGUGGCAGCGCUCCCUCCCCUGCAGAACAAGCCCUAGCUCGGAAGAAAAGGAAUGUGGUCUUGCCGGCUGCCGAGCAGCUCCAGGGCAGGCGCAGGGGCAGGCUCGGGCGGGAGCGUCCCGUCCUGACGAGGGACACCUGGCAGCCCAUCUCCAGCUAUGCUAUGUUCCCGGUGCGCUGAUCUUCCCGAGGCCCAUGGGGAGCCCGGUGCCGGCGGCUCCCCUCCUCGUUCCCUUCCUGCUCCUCCUCAGCCUCUCUCCGUCUGCGGGGAUCAGGCCCUCGCGAGUGAGCUGGUGGGGGGCCCCCUGUUUCCAGCCUUCCCGCCCGGAUGACAGUUUAAUCGAACAUCUUGCCCUCAGCCUUCACCAGAGCCGGGGCGCGUCCACAAGGUCACCGUGUUCUCUGACCUGGCGAUGCCUGCGCUGUUUCCACCUCCAGCUCACUUUGAACAGCACAGGUCUUGGAAAGCACCAGCUUCACCUUCUAGUGCGGAAAUCCAACCCGUUCCCCAAGUUCCAGGUCUGCCUGCGGCCCAGGCUGCCCCGCACUGCUCAGGGGAAGUGGUGGCGAGCCUGCCGCCUGGCCGUCUCCUUCCCGGCAGUGCCCCGCUCUGGGCUGCGCUUGAAGAGGACCCAGCUCGGUGCUCCAGAGGGGGCUGCCAGGAGGCCCCCGCGGCCAGGUUCCCCCGGCCAGAGAGGGCCCGCCUUCUCCUUUGUGCUGCUGCCCGGAGAGAGGGCCGUCCGCGUCACAGCCCCGCCGGGGCCGGACAUCCGCGUGAGGCUGUGCCACCAGUGGCCUCUCGAGUGCGAGGAACUGAGCAGCCCCUUCCACAGACAGGAGAUUGUGUCUGGAGGUCACACCGUCCAGUUUCCCUAUGAGUUCCUGCUGCCCUGUCUGUGCAUAGAGGCAGCAUACCUGCACCAGGACAGUGUUCGAAGGAAGCAGUGCCCCUUGAAGGACCAGCCUGAAGUCUACAGCAUGGAUUUCUGGAGAUCAGUUAAGUUCAUUGAUCACAGCUACCAGGACCAGAUGGCCAUGACCCUAAACCUGCGCUGCCCAGUGAAAUUAGAGGCCUCCCUGUGCCAGAAACAGAGUUGGAACAGUCCAUGUGAAGACCUUGCCAAUGCCACAGUCUCUGAGUCAGAGGGGUGGUAUAUCUUGGAGAAGGUGGAUUUGCACCCACAUCUCUGUUUCAAGUUCUCUUUUGGGAAUAGCAGCCAUGUCGAAUGUCCCCACAGGAAUGCCUCCUCCUGGAAUGUAAGCAUGGCUAUCCAGUCCCAACAACUCGUCCUGCACUUCUCCUCAAAGACCCCUGCUGCUUUCAGUGCUGCCUGGUACCACUCAGGGGUGGAGCACGGUGAUCUGCAGCUGCCCGUUUACUCAGUCAGCCAGGGCCUCGGUUCCAGUCCAGUGAAGGCAGAUCUCAUCAUCCCCUUCCCCAGCUCCGGGGGCUGUGUUAUGGUGUGGCGGUCAGAUGUCCAGUACGCCCAGAAGCACCGCUUGUGUCCUGACAUCUCUCACAGGCACUUGGGACUUGUGGCUCUGGGGCUGUUGAUGGGGGCCGCCCUGCUGGUGGCGGUCCUGGCUUGGAAGGCACGGGGCUUAAGGAGGCUGCUGACAGGCCCCGGUCGGCCCAGGCCGGUGCUGCUGCUCUACUCUGCGGACUCGGAGGCUCACCGCCGUCUGGUGGGCGCCCUGGCGGAGCUGUUGAGGGCGGCCCUGGGAGGCGGCGGCGACGUGAUCCUGGACUUAUGGGAGGGCGAGCGCGUGGCCCGCCUGGGGCCCCUUCCCUGGCUGUGCGGGGCCCAGGCCCGGGUGGCCCAGGAGAGAGGCACCGUGCUAAUCCUCUGGAGCCGGACCAGCGGCCACCUCUACCACAGCUGGCGGGCGGGAGGUGGGCCUGGGGCCGCGCAGGACCCCCAGGACCUAUUCCGCUCCGCUCUGAGCCACUGCCUCCUGCCUGGCCCGGGCACCGCGGGAGGGGCGCGCCCCCCGCUGCUGGCCUUCUUCACCGAACUCUGUGCCAAGGGGGACAUUCCCCGGCCGCUACGCACUCUCCCCCGUUUCCGCCUGCUUGGCGACCUGCCCCAACUACUCCGAGCCCUGGGCGCGGAGGACGCUCUCGGCAGCCCGCGUUGGCUCUGGUCCCGGCCGCGGCCGGGGCCUCCCGACUCCCCGGAUUGGCGAUGCUAUUUGCGGAACCGCCUAGAGCUGUGCCAGAGGCUGGAGCGGGAGGCGGCUCAGACCGUGCCGCCGACCUCGGACAGCGGCUGAGUUGGGAGGCCGUAGGAAGAGAGAAGUGUCCGCGCCUCCCCGUCUAGGGGACUUGGGAAGAGAAACGAGCUAAGGGGAGGUCAAAAGCGCCCCCUGCCCGUCACCAAGUUGGAGCCUCGGACUUGGGCCUCCCACGGAGGGCGUGUGUGGGAGUGGGGAGGAAGGACGUUCGGAGCACCGAACAAAGGGAUUUGGGAUUCGGAAAUCUCUGGCGAGGGGCUGUCCCACCGACUCCCCCGACACAGGCCUUUACUGGCGCCCGCUGCCUUCUCUUCUCGGGGAGGGAAUUCUCGCUUCCGUUAGGGUGGCUUCUGGUUCAGAGACCGGAGGUAGGCGUUAGUCUCCGGGCGGAAUCCCAAGGGAAAAGACCUCUGGCUGGAGGGGUGAGGCCUAAAAUGGGGGAGGAAAGCUGGCGAAGGAAGCAGACGCCUGCGGGGUACCGGCGGCCGUGCCCAGCCGUGCCCUCGACCUUUGCUGACGCCCCCUGCUCGGCCCCCAUUAGCCCCAAGCUAUAGCGAGGACUCCGGAGGAAGGCACUGAGCCAUGAAGCUGCCCAGAGAGCGGGGGAGGGAGAGGCCGUACCAGGCAGUCGUUUAUGGCUUAGGAUGGGAUGGAUUUAGGGCUAGGCGAAGCAGCCGUGACGAAUAAUGCCCGGGAAAAAGACGGCCUUAGAAGCCUUGAGGAAUUCAUUAUCAAGACCAUAUUCUGGGAGAGCAGACGAAGAAGCACUCCUCCUUCCUCUGGAAAGCUGGGGUGGGGGGCAGUAACUGCCGCUGCCCUUCGUUUUAGCUGACUUACUGGGCUAAAAGUGAGAAUUCAACUGGCGGGUGAGGUAACCAUUUUUUAAAAGUCAUUAGGGGGUGGGAGAGAAUUUGAAGCCGAAAAUAAAGCAUUUUAAAUAUCUGUUAAAUGUAAUAUAUUCUACGAAAAUAUUUAAAAAUACACUGUUAAUAUAUUUUAAAUAACUAUCUGAUGUUCUAGAUUCACAGUUUUAGAUAUUCUAAUUUUCUGGUCUUUGUACAUGGAAAUCAUGUUUUUGGAUACUUUUUUAGUUCAUAAUACAAAAAAGCAAUUAAAAAAAUGUAUUGCACGAAAUAAAGUGAAGAGCUGACCAUCCAAAAA